AAUGUAAUCUUUAAAAUAGCUUGCUAAUGCUUAUUUAGCUCUUCAUAGUUUUAUUAAUUUUAUAAAAAAUAAAAUAAAUAAAAAAAUAGAGCCUCGUAAUAUCAUUGUAAGGUUCGACAAGAAAUAAUUAAUAUGUUUCCUAAAUUCUAAAAAUAGAUUGCCGUAAUAUUAAUUAAAUGCUUUUAAAGAAGAACAUCUAUAAAUACAUACAACUUUAUAAUCCUAAUAGUGGGUAGUCUUUUAGAAUCUAUUCAAAUAUUCAAUUAAUUAAUUUAUUUUUAUAUACAAAAUAGAAAGUAUCUUUUUUGAAUCAAUUUAUACUCAAAGAUUCUUGAUUGAUUGA